AUGGCUCCCAUCAAGGUUGGCAUCAACGGCUUCGGCCGCAUUGGCCGCAUUGUCUUCCGCAAUGCCGUCGAGCACCCCGACAUCGAGGUUGUCGCCGUCAACGACCCUUUCAUUGAGCCCGACUACGCUGCCUACAUGCUCCGUUAUGACUCUUCCCACGGUGUAUUCAAGGGCGACAUCGCUGUCGACGGCAAGGACCUUGUCGUCAACGGCAAGAAGGUUCGCUUCUACACCGAGCGCGACCCCGCCGCCAUCCCCUGGAAGGAGACCGCCGCCGAAUACGUUGUCGAGUCCACCGGUGUCUUCACCACCACCGAGAAGGCCAAGGCUCACUUGAAGGGCGGUGCCAAGAAGGUCAUCAUCUCCGCUCCCUCUGCCGAUGCCCCCAUGUACGUGAUGGGUGUCAACGAGAAGAGCUACGACGGCUCUGCCGACGUUAUCUCCAACGCUUCUUGCACCACCAACUGCCUGGCUCCCCUUGCCAAGGUCAUCCACGACAAGUUCGGCAUUGUCGAGGGUCUCAUGACCACCAUUCACUCCUACACCGCUACCCAGAAGACCGUCGAUGGUCCCUCCGCCAAGGACUGGCGCGGUGGCCGUGGUGCCGCUCAGAACAUCAUCCCCUCCAGCACCGGUGCUGCCAAGGCUGUCGGCAAGGUCAUUCCUGAGCUCAACGGCAAGCUCACUGGCAUGUCAAUGCGUGUCCCCACUGCCAACGUUUCCGUUGUCGACCUGACUGCUCGCCUUGAGAAGGGUGCCAGCUACGACGCCAUCAAGGCUGCCAUCAAGGAGGCUGCUAACGGUCCCCUCAAGGGCAUUCUCGGCUACACCGAGGACGAGAUCGUGUCCACUGACCUUAACGGCAACACCAACUCCUCCAUCUUCGACGCCAAGGCCGGUAUCUCCCUCAACGACAACUUUGUCAAGCUGGUCUCCUGGUACGACAACGAGUGGGGCUACUCCCGCCGUGUCCUGGACCUCAUCGCCUACGUCGCCAAGGUCGACGCUUCCAAAUAG